GUCCUGCAUGGUUUCAUGUCAAUUCUGAGAACUGACCUCAGGCCCUUAUGCUUGCAUAGACACUUUGCCUACUGAGUCACCUCCCUAGCCCAAAUUCAACUUUUUGUUUUGUUUUGUUUGAGACAGGAUCUUUCUUCAUAGCCCUGCUUUCCUGGAACUCACUCCAUAAACCAAACUCAUAGAGAUCCUCCUGUCUCUGCCUCCUGGGUACUGGGAUGAAAGGUCUGUGCCAGUGUUCUUGCAAAGGAUUCAGGUUCAUUUCCUAGCACCCACAUGGUAGCUCACAACUGUCUGUAACCACAGUUCUAGGCGGUCCAAGACCUUUUUCCAAUCUCUGUGGGCACCAGACACAUACGGCACAAAUACAUGCGCUCUCCGAGAUUAAACUUGCUCUUCCUCUUCAAGUCUGCAGAGACAGAAGACAACCUUAGUGCAGAAACCAUCCCCAGACCCUGGUCUAGACACAACUUCCAGGAUGUGGAACCUGGAAGUACACACGGUGUGUGUGUGUGUGUGUGUGUGUGUGUGUGUGUGUGUGUGUGUGAUCUCACCUAAGGAUGGGGUGCAAAGCUCUGACUGGAGGAAGACCCAGGAAAAGGGUCUGCGAGUCAGAUGGUUGCAGGACAGGCGUUUGGAACGGCCCUGACCCCUGGGGGCUGUGAAGUAGAAAGCUACUAGCGAAUCCCAAUGCGUACAUCAAAGUGCCUGGACUUUUGCUGCCACCAAGUGAUGGGCUGCAGGAUUGCAGGACGGGAUAUUGGUUAGGUAGGAAGCCCGGGUUUUUCACUCUGAGCCUUCGUCCCCUGGGCUUUGCGGUUUGAUUGCUCUUCUCUUUGGUAGAAAAACCCAGUUCCUCCUUUAAGAAGAAGAUGCUGGCAAAACUGGGCCUGAGAAUUUGGUCCUAUCCAUGGGGCCUUCCUGAAAAAGACUACAGAACUGGAAACUGAGGCAGGGCAUUGUCUGGGAGGUGCCACCGGCAGGGCAAGCCUGACAGCUCUCUGCACGUGUUGACGGAAGGGAGCCCAGGCUCUGCACAGGCUCGAGUGGCCCAAUCUCGCACCCCUGCAAACUGGAGGGCAGCUCCGCCCUGUCCCGCCUCUCCCUCAAGGCGGCAGCCUCGUGUUCCCAACGGUUGGGAUCUCGGCGCCUUAGAUUUCCAGCGCCACAAAGGGGAGCUGGCACUUGGCAGAGCGGAGAGUGGGGGGGGUCUGGAAGCCGCCGGAGCGGAUCCCGGUCGGAGGGCGGGCCGGGCUGUAAGUCUCACUUCCGCCGGACGCUGUUUGGAGAAGGAUGGAGGAGGAGCGGAGACUGCGGGGGAGGCUGAGCCGUCGGAGGCCGCCCGCGGGGGGCGGGCCCCCUAACUGCCGCCCUUGGUUUCUCUCGGAGGGAAGUAAGAGUGAGCCCUGGGCUGCUCUGUUGCGCAGCACCGUGAGCGGGACCGCGGAUUGGACCCCGAACCGUCAGCCAUUACCACCGCUGCCUGCUUUUCCCAGCCAGGAGUCUCUACCUGACCCAGAGUCCACUGUGCCUCCUGAGGCCUUCACUGUGGGAUCCAAGACUUUCUCCUGGACGCCUUUGCCACCUGCCCUUCGUGGCUCUGGAAGCUCCCGCCACCUGUUCUGUGAACCUGAAGGCUCCCUGGGGUCACCUACUCCAUCCCUGAAAGGAUGCCCUGCACUAAAUUCUGGUCGAACUCCCAGCGCCCAGGAGUGUGUGCCUGUGCAGAGUCCACUUGCGUUGCUGAGUUGCCCGUUGUGCCAGAAGGCGUUUGACCCGAACUGACUGGCCAUGGGAGAGCCCAGAACUCUUCUCGGGGCUUCAGAACUUGGUGGAGGCCCUUCCUGUGCCUGGUGACAGUUUCUUCUCCCCUGUAGGCUGACCCAGCUAGAUGUGGAUAGCCACCUUGCUCAGUGCUUGGCUGAGUGCACCGAAGAUGUGGUGUGGUGAGCAUCAGGGUGCCUUGCUGUAUCUCCUUCAAACCUACACACCGACAUUGGAUGUGGCUUCUGAGACAUCGUCGUGUGGACACCUGAGUAUUGGCUCCUUCUGGUUUUGUUCAUGGGCAUUGGACAUAAUGCUGGUCACUGACAGCAGGCAGCACUGAUCCUCUGUGGACUCAUCUUCAUUGUCAGCCUGACAGGAUGUGGAAUCACCCAGGAGACACAUCUCAGGUGUGCCUGUGAAACCGUUCCCAGAGAUUACCUGGGACAGGAAGUCCCAGCUGAAUGUGGGUGGCACCGUGGCCUGGGGUCCCACUGAUUGAAAAGGGAAAAUGGAGAAAUUGAGCUGUUUCCUCACUGGGGAUGUGAUGAGAUGCACCGCUCGCCUGCUACGGCAGCCAUAGCUACUUUUGCUACUGUGCCCUCCUUGCCACAGGGACUGUACCUUAACUGUGAGCCAGAAUAAAUUUUAAGUUGCUUUCCAGUA